GGUGUAGUUGGGAGGUGAAAUGAGACAAUUAUGUAAUCACGACCAAAGUCUGCCCUUCUCUCCCAGGUAGUAUAAAAGCAAACCACCCCAAACAUCACCAGCUGACCAUCACUCCCAGUGCCACCAUGCUGGCCUCAGGGCUGCUUCUUGUGGCUUUGCUGGCCUGCCUGACUGCAAUGGUCUUGAUGUCUGUCUGGCGGCAGAGGAAGCUCCAGGGGAAACUGCCUCCUGGACCCACCCCUUUGCCCUUCAUCGGGAACUAUCUGCAGCUGAACACCGAGCAGAUUUGCAACUCCCUCAUGAAGAUGCGCGAGCGCUACGGCCCUGUGUUCACCGUGCACCUGGGGCCCCGGCGGAUCGUGGUGCUGUGUGGAUAUGACGCUGUGAAGGAGGCCCUGCUAGACCAGGCUGAGGAAUUCAGUGGGCGAGGAGUGCAAGCUACCUUCACGUGGCUCUUCAAAGGCUAUGGCGUGGCGUUCAGCAACGGGGAGCGCGCCAAGCAGCUCAGGCGCUUCUCCAUCACCACGCUGCGGGACUUCGGCGUGGGCAAGCGCGGCAUCGAGGAGCGCAUCCAGGAGGAGGCGGGCUUCCUCAUCCAGGCCUUCAGGGGCACGCGCGGUGCCUUCAUAGAUCCCACGUUUUUCCUGAGUCGAACCGUCUCCAAUGUCAUCAGCUCCAUCGUCUUCGGGGACCGCUUUGACUACGAGGACAAAGAGUUCCUGUCACUGCUGCAGAUGAUGCUGGGAAGCUUCCAGUUCACAGCUACGUCUACCGGGCAGCUCUAUGAGAUGUUCAACUCAGUGAUGAAACACCUGCCAGGGCCACAGCAACAGGCAUUUAAGGAGCUGCAAGGCCUCGAGGACUUCGUAGCCAAGAAGGUGGCACAGAACCAACGCACGCUGGAUCCCAACUCCCCGAGGGACUUCAUCGACUCCUUCCUCAUCCGCAUGCAGGAGGAGAAGAAGAAUCCCAACACUGAGUUCCACUUGAAGAACCUGCUGCAGACCACACUGAACCUCUUCAUUGCGGGCACCGAGACCAUCAGCACGACCCUGAGAUGGGGCUUCCUGCUGCUCAUGAAGCAUCCAGAUGUGGAGGCCAAAAUCCAUGAGGAGGUUGACCGCGUGAUUGGCAAGAACCGGCAGCCCAAGUUCGAGGACCGAGUCAAGAUGCCCUACACAGAGGCCGUGAUACAUGAGAUCCAGAGAUAUGGAGAUGUGAUUCCCAUGAGCCUGGCCCGCAGAGUCACAAAGGAUACCAAGUUUCGAGACUUCUUCCUGCCCAAGGGCACCGAAGUGUUCCCUAUGCUGGGCUCUGUGCUGAGAGACCCCAAGUUCUUCUCCAACCCCCGAGAUUUCAACCCCCAGCACUUCCUGGAUGAGCAGGGGCAGUUUAAGAAGAGUGAUGCUUUUGUGCCCUUCUCCAUCGGAAAGCGGUACUGUUUCGGAGAAGGCCUGGCUAGAAUGGAGCUCUUUCUCUUCCUCACCACCAUCCUGCAGAACUUCCACCUCAAGUCCACACAGUCACCCCAGGACAUCGACGUGUCCCCCAAACACGUGGGCUUUGCCACCAUCCCACCAAACUACACCCUGAGCUUCCUGCCCCGCUGAGCCAGGGCUGUGCCAGGGCGGGGCUGGUGGGUGGGGCAAACGGGGGGGAGGGGCCUGGGCAGGGUUAGGGGAGGGGCAAAGAUAAGGAUGGGGAAUGGUGGACAGGGAGAAAGGAAGGGGCAAAGUGGAUAGGAGAGGAAGAAGAAACAGAACAGACUCUCUUCCCCUUGCUAGAGGUGGGAUGAGAGGAAUAGAAACCUUAUACCAUACUUUGAAUAGAACAAUAACAGAUAUUAUUUACGGAGCAAGUACCCUGUGUCAGCUCUAGGUUAAAAGUGUCAUACACUCACGUCCCUUCAUACUUACAAACCUACGUCAUGGGGAACAGUAUUCAUGCCCAUUUUACAGGUAACAAAGAUGAGGUCCUGAAAGUGUAAGUGUCUAUCUGAGGUCCCACAGCACACAAGUAAGUACUCAGCAAGUACAUGAACACAGUUCCGUGCAGGGAUGGCUAUACUUAGCCCACAGUCCUUUGGGGAGAUUCUUUAAAAGCAUCUCUUCCUCAAAUGAAAAAAACACAACUUAUAUUAUUGCACAACCUGAACAGCUCUGUCCAGGGGAUGUUUCCAGAGCCCUGACAGGCGGCUGCCCUGGCUUCACCACACACUUGCCCACAAGCUUGCCCACUCGCGCACACCUUAGAUGCCAGGGCAUAUUUUGUGCCCACCAACAGGUAAGGCUCCUGUGUCCAAUCAGAGUCACAUCUGGGGACAGCAGUCAGACUUCUUCAUGAAAUGGGUGGGAGAGGGAAACACUUUCAGAGAAGAUACCUGGAGCAGCCCAGCCACGUCUGUGUGUGUGCGUGUGUGUGUGUGUGCGCAUGUGUGCAUGCAGACAUGCAAGCAUGUGAUUGCAUGUUCUCCUGAGUGGAUGCAGGAAGUCAUAUUUCCUGUGAGUUUCUGAAGGUGGGGCCCUCUCUGAUGGAUCUGGGAUCUGUGCAGAGUUUCUGAAUUCCCUGCUUCCUCCCAGAUAUGUUAGUGUAUGUCCCCUUAGAAGUGGCAUCCUUCAGCACGGCACUAUCUGACCAUUCAUACACAUCAGCUUUCAAUCUUUGUGUUAGAUCUAGAGUUAAUCUAACCUUAGAUCUAAAUGCUACACAGAUCACGCCUCCACAAAACGUGCCACACUUGAAGCACCAGUGAGUGAGAUCGGGGAGAGGACAUCUGGUCCUUUGAACCCAUCACGUUUCAUAACAGCCUAUGAUUCUCAUAUUUCUCAACUUCCAUGUUCUGUGUUUGGCAACUUGGGUUCCAUGGAUUGGCUGCUUCCUACUCAUUGGAGGAGAUGAGGAUCCACAGGGUGACACUCUUUAUUAUACAAUCACGCUAUUUAACAAUCCAGAGUCAGAAGCAAACCUUAUCCAUCCAUGUGCAUGUCACUUUAAGAGGCGUCUAGAAACCUCACCUGGGGGAAUCUUAGAAUUGUGGCAAAAGUAAACUGUCGAAUCUUGGAACUGCUUAGUCCACAAUUCAUAAUCUUGGAAUCUCAGAUUCCCAGAACUUUAGACUCGGAACUUUUGAAUUACUGAUGUUUGGAACUCUUUUUUUUUUUUUAAUGGUCUUUUUUUAAAAUGUAUUUUGUUGACCAUGAAUUUAGCUUUAUUUUGUUUGUUUAUUUUCUAUUUUGUUGCAUUGGGUCUUCGUUGCUGCCUGCCGGCAUUGUAGAGUUGCACCGAGCAGGGGCUACUCUUCAUUACUUUGUUCGGGCUUCUCUUGUUGUGGAGCACAGGCUCUAGGCAAGUGGCCUCAGUAGUUGAAUCACACAGGCUCAUUAGUUGUGGUUCAGGGGCUCAAGAAUGCAGGCUCAGUAGUUGUGGUGCAGAGACACAGUUGCUCCGUGGUAUGUGGUAUCAUUCUGGACCAGGUAUCGAACCCAUGUCCCCUGCAUAGGCAGACAGAUUCCUAACCACUGUGCCACCAGGGAAGUCCUGCUUGGAACUCUUGAUGCUCAGAAUUUUAGCAAGAGUUUCCUCUGCCCAUCCUUGGAAACUGCAUCCCCAGCCCCGCUGCUGGCAAACAUCAGUUCUCCAACCUGAAAGUUCCUUCUGAAAACGAAUCAACAGAGGAAAGGAGGGCCUGAAGCUAGCUGGGUCCUAU